AUGCAAAUAGUUCAGAAAUAAGGAUUAUGUUAUAGAUUAGUAAAAUAAUAAUUCUCUGUGUAAAAGAGAAUUUAAGAAAAUUGGUUAGAAACAUUGAUGCAUUAAAUUGUUUGCAUAUUUUUUCUUGCAAUCCUAUAGUUCUAAAUAACUCUUGGUUGCUAAGAGAAUAACAAAAAUUAUUAAAUGCGAACUUCAAUUAUUUUCAUCAUCUAAUUAAAGAAUAAUAAUAUUGAUUAUAGAUUUUUAAAUGUGGGGUGA